CGCUACAGUGGACAGCCCCAAAGUCCGGGAGCGCCAACGGGGACGAAAUGCCACAGACCGGGAAGUGACGAACGGAGACCAAGAUGGGGGACCUCGAGUCAUCUCAGAAGUUAUCGGGGGUCUCUCGCCCAGCAGAGGGGGUGGGAGGAGGCAGCUGCACCGAAAUCUCUACCGAGCUCAUUCGUUCCCUGACAGAGCUGCAGGAGCUGGAAGCUGUGUACGAACGGCUCUGCGGCGAGGAGAAAGUGGUGGAAAGAGAGCUAGAUGCUCUUUUGGAACAACAAAACACCAUUGAAAGUAAGAUGGUCACUCUCCACCGAAUGGGGCCCAAUCUGCAGUUGAUUGAGGGAGAUGCAAAGCAGCUGGCUGGAAUGAUCACCUUCACCUGCAACCUAGCUGAGAAUGUGUCCAGCAAAGUCCGUCAGCUUGACUUGGCCAAGAACCGUCUCUAUCAGGCCAUCCAAAGGGCUGAUGACAUCUUGGACCUGAAGUUCUGCAUGGAUGGGGUUCGGAGUGCGCUGAGGAGUGAAGAUUAUGAGCAGGCCGCAGCCCACAUUCAUCGCUACCUGUGCCUAGACAAGUCAGUCAUCGAGCUCAGCCGACAGGGCCAGGAAGGGAGCAUGAUUGAUGCCAACCUAAAAUUGCUGCAAGAAGCUGAGCAGCGUCUCAAAGCCAUUGUAGCAGAGAAGUUUGCCAUCGCCACCAAGGAAGGAGAUUUGCCCCAGGUGGAGCGCUUCUUCAAGAUCUUCCCAUUGCUGGGUUUACAUGAAGAGGGAUUAAGCAAGUUCUCUGAAUACCUUUGUAAGCAGGUGGCCAGUAAAGCUGAGGAGAACCUCCUCCUGGUGCUGAGGUCAGACAUGAGUGACAGACGAGCUGCAGUCAUCUUCGCAGACACACUCACUCUCCUGUUUGAAGGGAUUGCCCGCAUCGUGGAGACCCACCAACCCAUUGUGGAGACUUACUAUGGACUGGGAAGGCUUUAUACCCUGAUCAAAUAUCUUCAGGUGGAGUGUGACAGACAGGUGGAGAAGGUGGUGGACAAGUUCACCAAGCAGAGGGACUACCAGCAGCAGUUCCGGCUUGUCCAGAAUAACUUGAGAAAUUCUGCACCAGAAAAAAUCGAACCAAGGGAGCUGGACCCCAUCCUGACUGAGGUCACCCUGAUGAAUGCCCGUAGUGAGCUGUACUUACGCUUCCUCAGGAAAAGGAUCAGCUCAGAUUUUGAGGUGGGAGACUCCAUGGCCUCAGAAGAAGUAAAGCAAGAGCACCAGAAGUGCCUGGACAAACUCCUCAAUAACUGCCUGUUGAGCUGUACCAUGCAGGAGCUAAUUGGCUACUAUAUUACCAUGGAGGAGUACUUCAUGAGGGAGACUGUCAAUAAGGCUGUGGCUCUGGACACCUAUGAGAAGGGCCAGUUGACGUCUAGCAUGGUGGAUGAUGUCUUCUACAUUGUGAAGAAGUGCAUCGGGCGGGCUCUGUCCAGCUCCAACAUUGACUGUCUCUGCGCCAUGAUCAACCUCGCCACCAGAGAGCUGGAGGCUGAUUUCAGGGGCGUUCUGUCCAACAAGCUGAGGAUGGGCUUCCCGGCCACCACCUUACAGGACAUCCAGCGCGGGGUGACCAGUGCUGUGAACAUCAUGCACAGCAGCCUCCAGCAGGGCAAAUUUGACACAAAAGGCAUUGAGAGCACUGAUGAGGCCAAGCUGUCCUUCCUGGUGACUCUGAACAAUGUGGAAGUCUGUAGUGAAAACAUCUCCACUCUGAAGAAGACUCUGGAGAGUGACUGCACCAAACUAUUCAGCCAGGGCAUUGGAGGGGAGCAGGCCCAAGCCAAGUUUGAUAGCUGCCUUUCUGAUUUGGCUGCUGUGUCCAACAAAUUCCGAGACCUCCUGCAGGAAGGGCUGGCGGAGCUCAGCAGCACAGCAGUGAAGCCGCAGGUGCAGCCAUGGAUCAACACCUUUCUCUCCGUCUCGCACAACAUAGAGGAGGAAGAAUUCAAUGACUAUGAGGCCAAUGACCCUUGGGUACAACAGUUCAUCCUUAACCUGGAGCAGCAAAUGUCAGAGUUCAAGGCCAGCCUGUCCCCAGUCAUCUAUGACAGCCUGACCAGCCUCCUGACCAGCCUUGUUGCUGUCGAAUUAGAGAAAGUGGUGCUGAAAUCCUCCUUCAACCGGCUGGGCGGGCUGCAGUUUGACAAGGAGCUGAGGUCGCUCAUUGCCUACCUUACCACGGUGACCACCUGGACCAUCCGAGACAAGUUUGCCCGGCUUUCCCAGAUGGCCACAAUCCUGAAUCUGGAGCGGGUGACUGAGAUCCUAGAUUACUGGGGUGCCAACUCCGGUCCACUGACCUGGCGCCUCACCCCUGCUGAAGUACGCCAGGUGCUGGCUCUGCGCAUAGAUUUCCGGCAUGAGGACAUCAAGCGGCUGCGCCUAUAGAGGCCAUGGUGAGCCCACUGGCCCAUCACACUUCUGCACCUGUUCCCUCAGCGCCCAAAGCCAAGGACCUGUGUGGCUAUUCAGCUUCCAGGAGCUCUUCACAGUCCAGACCAUUCCACCACUGACAGGAAACAGGCUGGACUCAUUCCGAGUUUGCCCUGAGACCUAGCUGGUAUGCUCUGGGGGCAGCCUUUGCCCACCAGGAGCUGGAGAAAACAAAGGCAGGCGGUGUGUAGGCCAGGCCAGCCUUCUGUGUGGGUGGUCAUUCUCUGGCCCCAAACUGCGGCAAACAUGCUGCCCCGCUAGCCUCCAAGGACCUGGGUGCAUGUGGGGACUUGGGAAUUGGGGUUGACAUCAAGGAGAGACUGUGAUGUUUAGGAAUAAACAUCAAAAUAAAGACACUUCUGGGAA